UCCUUGCCAGCGCCUCCGUUCCUUUUCAUCUCUGUCCUUUAUUUCCUAGCAUGUCCGCUUAGCUCGACGAGAGGAAUCCUACAGUCGCUCGCUUCUCCACACCAACAACACCUCCGCACAAUACAAUGGCAUCAGAGAAGCGUCCCUCCAUCGAGGGGCUCGUCGACAACGUCGACCCCCGCCCGUCGACCGAGCUGGAUGAACUCCCCCAGUAUGAGAAGACCGAAGAGCCUCCCGCGAUCCCCCUCAAGGAGAAGCUUAUCACCUGCUUCUGGAUCGCGACCAACACUCUCUCCACGCUGGGUCUUAUAUUCAUGAGCAAGCGCGUCUUCAGCGACAAGCAGCUCAAGGCCUGCCAGCUGAUGGUCGUCAUGUGGCACUUCACGGCCACUGGUCUUGCUUUGUUCAUCUCUACCAAGGCCCCCUUCCGAGCCUUCAAGGCCAUCCGUCUAAAUCCCUGGGAUAUGCUUCCCGUGUGCGCCUUCUUCUCUGGCUACGUUGUUCUCGGCAAUCUGAGUUUAGCAUACAACUCGAUUGGCUUCUACCAAUUAUCCAAGGUUAUGACAACACCUUGUGUGGUUCUGUUCAACUUUGUGCUGUUCCAAAAGACAGUUACCCGAUACAUGCUGCUAUCCAUCCUUGCUACCUGCAUAGGUGUUGCAUUCACCAUCAAUGGUGAGGCCAAGACACAAUUAUUUGGAGUUAUUAUUGCAUCACUAGCGUUCAUCUCAACCGCUCUGUACCAAAUCUGGAUCGGAAAGAAGAUCGAAGACUUCGCCGUUGGUCCCCCUCAACUACUUCUCAACCAAGCUCCGAUCUCAGUGCUCCUCCUCAUCCCCUUUGUUCCCUUUUUGGACAGGGUGCCAGAUCUGACCAUCGUUCCGACCAAUAUCCUCUGGUCAGCCCUCGCAUCCGGCAUCAUGGCGUCCACUUACAAUCUCUCUCAAUUCCUGAUCAUCGGUCGUACGUCCGCAUUGACAUUCAACAUCGUUUCCCACCUCAAGACAAUCCUAAUCCUCUCUUUCGGCUGGUGGAGCGAGGGCAAGAUCCUCACUCCACGGGAAUGGUGCGGUGUUCUCCUGGCAUUGGGUGGCGGCUGGGUCUACUCGCACUUGGCUAUGAAGGCAAAGCAACAGGCAGCUCGUAAAUAGACAAGACAAGACAAGACAAAGCACCCGGCGUUGGGCUUGUGCGUACUUUUUUCUUUUUCUGUUACUUUGUCAGGAUAUUGGGCCGAACGAAUCUUGUAAUGUUAGUAGGGUAUGAGGCGCACGAAUUUCUUUCAUAGACUUCAAAGGUUGUCGCUCGCACGCAGAGACGGAUAGGGGUUUAAGGCGGGUAGGGUACUUCGCUGUGUACUUGAGCGACUCGAAAUGUCGGUCGCAUUCUCAAAUCAACGAAAAAAAUUCGAGCUGUGUGAGAUUCUCUCAAUCAGCAUGGCAUUCAUCGCAGAGUCACAAAUCCAACACUAUUGCACCUCCUACGUCUAUCCGGUGCACGGUAGAGUGUG